AUGGUAGUUAUUCAUGAUAUCACUAGAAAUGAUCAAGUUGAUGUAACAAAUGAAACAUUGAGCCAAUAUUUGAACACAAACACACCAGUGGUGUUUACUGGUUUGACAAAGACAUGGCCUGCAAUGAACAAGUGGAUCGAUGACAAGUAUAUCUUGUCCACUAUUGGUGAGCACAAGGUAGAGGUCAACAUGUGCACCUUUGGAAAGAUGUCCGAUAUCUUCACCAUGCCCUUCUCAGAGUAUUGGCAACUAUCGACCACUGGCUGGCCAGACCUUCAGCCAAUAGCCACUCAUCAGAACACACCGUAUCUUCGCAACUUUGACAUCUUUGGCAACUUUCCUCAGUUGGGCAACGAUGUCCUUAACGAGCAUCUGUUCGAUAGCAACAUACACAAUAUGAUUGUGCGUGGCGCAUUCAUUGGUGCCAAGAACACCGCCACUCAUUUCCACAAGGACACUGGAGAUAAUGUUGUGGCGGUGAUCAGAGGAUCAAAGUUUGUAGUGUUGGUGCCACCUUCGGAGGAGUCCAACGUCGUCCGCAGCAUGGUCAACAUUGGAGGAGCCGACGGCAUUCCAUUGGCAGAGCAUCCAUCAAUGGAGAGAGUUGGUCAGGCAUAUGCCACUACACUUCAAGCCGGUGAAGCACUCUUCAUACCCAUUGGCUGGGUACACUAUGUACACAACCAAGAGUUCACAGUCUCUGUCAGCUGCUGGGGUAAGCAAAUGAUU